UUUUUUUUUUUUUUUUUUUUUUUUUUUUCUUUUUGCCUGAUACAACGAGUACUACUAGUUAGACGGCUUGAAUUAACCUCCUAAAGUAUUUCUAGACGUUGAAAAGCAUAUCGCUUUCGUUUCCUGCACAGAGCUAAAAACGGGAAACAGGCAGUGACGCAUCUUAUUGCGUUUUUAUCGAUAAAACUCUUCUACUUUAAUAAUGAAUUUAGAAUUAAUAUUCAAGCCUUCUCUUCAUAGUGGCUUUUGAGGCAGAGUUUUUCAACAAACCAAGUCCAAGAGGAGAGGAAAUUAAAAAAUAUAUUAAAAAUCAAAGAAGAGGAUUUUGAAGAAUUGGACAAAGAACAAAACUCCAAUAGGCUAUGACCAGUACACCGGGUGCGCUGACCUUCGUCGACUAUGGAAUACUCAAAUUUCUAAGUCGCCAGUUCUGACUCAGUACCGCUUCGCAGAUGUGAACAUAACAGCUAUCCGACUCUCAACAUACGUCCUACAAGCUCUGUUAUUUUUUUAGUACGUACUUAUUAACUCUCAUCCAAAAGAACGACAAUGUUCGCAAACCAGUCUGUAAAUUCAUCGGCGAUUCACUUCGAGGAGCCGCGGGCACUCAGGAUCUUUCGUUUAAUUAUCUUCAGUUUGGUCAUCGUGGCAUCACUUCUUGGCAACGCUGUCGUUCUCAAAGCUGUAUUCGAGUUAACUCGCAAAUCAGUUACGCACUAUCUUGUUGCCAAUCUGGCUGCUGCCGAAAUCAUCGUCUCGAUUUUAAAUCCCUUUAUUGUGGCUUACUCUGAGUUCAUGUAUUGGCCUUUUGGUUCGUUCCUAUGCCGUCUGAUCAGUCCAAUGCAGACAUUCUCAAUAGUCGUUAUCACAAAUACUUUAGCAGCUAUUGCCCUACACAGAUACAGGGUAUUUUCUACUCAUCAUACGCGACGGAAAUUGAGCUCUAAAGAGAUUGGACUAGUACUUCUCAUGAUAUGGGUAAUCGCUCUGGCGAUCGUCUUCCCGUCUUUCCUUUUUCAACGACUCACCCCAGCGAAUCCAAAGCGCUUCCCUGGAAAGUUCUGGUGCAUAGAAAUUUUCCCUGAUGGUCCAGAAUUUCCCAGCCCAAUGAUGAGAAGGUUCUACAUGGCUAGAUUUUUGCUGAACUACGUCAUUCCGGUCAUCAUUAUGUCUGCGUCUUAUGGGUUUGUAAGUGUGAAGCUAAGACAUCAUAGAAAUCGCUCUAUAAGAGAUAAUGAGAUCACUAGGAAUACCAGUGAGCAAGAGAACGACCCUACAACACAGCAACCGAAUGUAUCUUCACAACAGCCACAACAACAAAAUGGCGCAGGUGAAAGCAUUGAAAUGGCCACGAAGGCUGCAGAAAACAAGAAUUCAUCCCGUAGUCGACCGGCUUACGGGGUGCGAGAUAGGAUGACUCGACGAAAGGACUUUGUGAGGCUUGAGCGUGACCUUUUGAAAAUGUUUUAUAUAAUUAUUCUUGUGUUUCUCGUGUGUUAUUUUCCUUACCAAGUUUUCUUUCUUCUGGAAUAUUUUGGGGUGAUUCAUUGGGAAACUUGGAAAUACUUCACUGUGAUUCGCAACUACGCUUUUUUGAUUCCCUGUUUUUCGUCGGCACUCCAUCCUCUCUGCUAUGGAACAAUGAGUAAGUUCUUCGCACGAGCCCUCUCUCGCCUUGUUUUGUGCAAAAACAGAGACUGAACUCCACAAUGACCCUUAAGUAUCUCAUAAACAAAUCCUAAGUACUCUCGAGGAUUUCUUCGUUGUAUGAUAUUAUUAUUAUUAUUGUUGUUAUUGUCGUUGACACGGGUAUAUAAUUAUCGUUUACGGCAUAUGCGAAACUGAUCAAGAUUUAGAUGAACUUUUAAUCAAAAGAACAUGCAGUAACACAGGAUUAUUAUGAUGAAAUUAUAAAGCCUUCAUUCCAGUGUGAUAACAACCAAUAUCGAGGUCAAUAUCUGUGACAUUCUGAUAUCUUGAGAUAAGACAGUUAAAAGGUAAAUUGAUACCAACCACUUCAAGUCUGUAAAACCCUGGGGGCUCUCUCAUGUGAGAAGGCUUAAAACUAAAAUGGUAGAGCGCAAAUUGACAAUGUGCGUAACAUAAUAAUUUUUUUACAGGAAAUUUUCGCAAUACUUUAAUUCGCGUUCCGAAAAAACUGAUCGAAAUUGGUGUCGCGAGUACGGCGCGCGGAAUGGUUCAAAAUUGUUCAAUAUUUGUUUGUCAAUUGCGUUCCCUUGAAUAUAAUGUGUACACUUCUCAGUGCAUUGCAUUAAAUAUAGAGCAGGCUUCA